UCCACAGGUUAAAAAAUUAUCCAAAAGGCUCAUCCAAACUCCAACUGUAACCAGCCAUGUUGAUCUAGAUUAGGCAAACUUCUGGUACAAAUUCUUUUCUUUAUUUUUUAUAUAUAAAGUCUUUAUCUAGUUGGCCGGACAGCCAGCCAACCAGCCAGCAAUCCUUCCAGGAUUGUCAUUGCCUCUGCCUUCUGAGAAAAAGAGAAUUGGAAAUGGCACAUCCUUACAAUUUUGAAGACACUGCUUCUGCUCACCAUUCCGAGUCUCUUGAAAUUCAUCAAACUGGCAUCAGUGUCACUGAUGAGGAAAUUAAUGAUAACCCAAUAGAGGAAGUGAGGCUCACAGUUCCAAUAACUGAUGAUCCCAAGCAGCCAGCUUUAACUUUCCGAACAUGGGUUCUGGGACUAUCUUCAUGCUUCCUUUUAGCAUUUGUGAACCAGUUUUUUGGUUACCGCCAGAAUCAGUUGUAUGUAGGUUCAGUUUCAGCUCAAAUUCUUGUCCUGCCAAUCGGAAAACUAAUGGCUGCAACUCUUCCGGACAAACAAUUCCGAAUCCCAUUCACGGCAUGGUCGUUUUCGCUGAAUCCGGGACCCUUUAGCCUGAAGGAACAUGCGUUGAUCACCAUUUUCGCUGGCUGUGGCUCGGGCAGUCCUUAUGCAGUGAGCAUCGUCACAAUUGUCAAGGCGUUCUAUCACAGACAGCUAAACCCAGUUGCUGCAAUGUUGUUAGUUCAAACAACUCAGUUGCUUGGAUAUGGAUGGGCUGGUUUAUUCAGAAAAUACCUUGUUGAUUCUCCAUACAUGUGGUGGCCAGCAAACCUGGUACAGGUCUCUCUGUUCAGGGCACUGCAUGAAAAGGAAAAGAGGCCUAGAGGAGGAGUAACCAGGCUACAAUUUUUCCUCCUUGUUUCUAUAACAAGCUAUGCGUAUUACAUCGUUCCAGGCUAUCUUUUCCCAUCACUAAGCGCUCUCUCCUUUGUGUGUUGGAUAUGGAAAGACUCCAUCACUGCACAGAAGAUUGGUUCAGGCUUGAAUGGCCUAGGCAUCGGUUCUUUUGGCCUUGAUUGGUCUACUGUUGCUGGCUUCUUGGGAAGUCCUCUGGCCACUCCCUUCUUUGCCAUUGCAAAUACAUUAGUUGGGUUCUUUUUGUACCUCUAUGUGCUUGUUCCAAUUUCUUACUGGUAUAAUGUAUAUGAUGCCCAGAAAUUCCCUUUAUUUUCCUCUCACACUUUUGACUCCAAUGGCCAAACUUACAACAUCAGCAGAGUCAUCAAUGAGAAAACCUUCGAGUUCGACAAGGCUGGCUAUGAUCAGUAUAGCAAACUCUAUCUAAGUAUCCUGUUUGCAUAUAUUUAUGGAUUGAGCUUCGCUGGGUUAACGUCUAGUCUUUCGCACGUUGCACUCUUUGAUGGACACACAAUAUGGAAAAUGUGGAAGAAAACAACUGCUGCGUCUAAAGCUCAAUUUGGGGAUGUGCACACAAGAAUAAUGAAGAAGAACUAUGAUGAAGUGCCUCAAUGGUGGUUCCAGCUUAUCUUGGUUGUCUCAUUCGCGCUUUCACUCUACGUUUGUGAAGGAUUUGGUAAACAGCUUCAGCUUCCAUGGUGGGGACUCAUACUAUCCUGUUCCAUAGCAUUCUUCUUCACAUUACCUGUUGGGGUGAUUCAAGCAACCACAAACUCGCAACCAGGGCUUAAUGUGAUUACAGAGUUGAUCAUUGGGUAUAUGUAUCCUGGUAGACCUCUUGCUAAUGUGGUCUUUAAGACCUAUGGCUAUAUCAGUAUGGCUCAAGCUCUCAGUUUCAUAGGAGACUUCAAAUUAGGUCAUUAUAUGAAAAUCCCUCCAAAAUCAAUGUUCAUUGUACAGUUAGUAGGAACUAUAGUUGCUUCGUCAGUGUGUUUUGGCACAUCUUGGUGGCUCCUCACAACUGUUCCCCACAUUUGUGACACAAAUUUGCUACCAGAGGGGAGUCCAUGGACAUGUCCUGGAGAUGAUGUUUUCUACAAUGCUUCAAUCAUCUGGGGCAUUGUAGGACCUCUCCGAAUGUUCACAAAAGAAGGUGUCUACCCAGAACUCAAUUGGUUCUUCCUAAUAGGCCUAGUUGCCCCAAUUCCUGGAUGGCUCUUGUCGCAAAAAUACCCUGAAAAGAAGUGGAUCAAGAACAUCCACACACCGCUCAUCCUGUUAGGGCCACUGGGCAUGCCAUCAGCCAAAGCUGUGCAUUACCUGAGCUGGGGAGCUGUUGGAAUCCUGUUCAACUACUAUAUUUUCAGGAGAUAUAAAUUCUGGUGGGCUAGAUACAAUUACAUUUUAUCCGCUGCUCUGGAUGUUGGGCUUGCCUUCAUGGGUGUGUUGCUCUAUAUCACCCUUCAAUCGCAUGACAUAUUUGGCCCAGAAUGGUGGGGUUUGGACAACUCUGAUCAUUGCCCUCUGGCUAAGUGCCCCAUUGCCCCUGGCAUUGAAGUCCCUGGAUGCCCUGUGCUUUGACAUUUCUUAAAUUCGUCAGAAAGCUUCAGAAAUUCUCCUUUGUAAUCUACAUGGAUGACAUAGAUCGUACACAUUAUCUCACGUAAUUUGUUAUUAAGUUUAGGUUUUCUUGAAUGGCCUUUAAAAAGUCAAAGUGAUUUGAAUCAAAUUAUGGUCAUGAUGUCUUGUUAUAAAUUUAAUUUGGAUUAUUAA